UAGAGGCAGCAGUUCGAUUUUGAAGUGUAAUAAAGAAAGUGUGUUUCUCACUUAGGUCUAAAUAUAUAUUAAUAACCACCAUAAACAAUUCGCGUUGUUUGAUAAUUUUGUUAACGCAGCUUUCAAUAUUAGAAACUUAUUAUUCAUAAAAUUGAGCAACAUAGGGGCUGGAUGAUAGAAAAGCGACGGUUUUCACUGCGGUUGCCACAGAGUCGUCGCGAAGUUCGCUUGAAAAUAUUCACAUUGCAAUAGAAGAAUAAAAGCACGCGAAAAAUUGGAUAAAUUCGAUCGGUGCAGAGCCCGUUUUCUAAAAUUGUAUUGGUGUAGGAAGGAAUUCGCCUCUUCCACCAUAAAGUCCUAUUGGAGAUAUAAAGAUCAUCCUACCGGUUCCGACCGUGACAGUAUUUUCUAAACCGCCGACCCACUAAGUUACUGGCGUUGAAGACCAUCCGCGGUCUAUCAUUAUAUUACAAUUAUGCGCUUCCCACAAUCUUUGCUAUUGUUGUGCUGGCUUGUGGUCCUCGGUAAGUGCAUUCCAGAGGAGGAGAUCGUGUCUUCGUCAGAGGAGGACUUUGAUUCGAGUAUUACAAGGGCAAAAAGGGAACCUCCUAUUAUAAUUUACCGAAGUCCUCCAAAAUAUUACUCUCCCCGAAGACGACCUAAACCUUACUACAGUGCUUCUAGACCGGUCUACGGGCCUCCUAAAUCUAAGUACGGACCGCCGAAGUCAAAAUAUGGACCACCAUCGUUUUCAUUCUCCCCAAACUUUGUGUACAGUGCUCCGCCAACCAGUUACGGACCUCCACCCUCGUACUCGCCGCCGUCUAGUUAUGGACCGCCUUCUAUAAGUUUUGGUCCAACGAGUUUCGGACCUACUAGUUACGGACCGCCGUCGUCCAGCUAUGGACCGCCGAGUUCGAAUUAUGGACCACCGAAUUUAAAUUACGGACCGCCAACUACAAGUUACGGACCGCCUACAGGCAGUUACGAGCCACCGUCUACCAGCUUUAGCCCUCCUUCUCAUAGUUAUGGUCCUCCGAGCACGAAUUAUGGACCACCAAAUUCAAAUUACGGACCGCCAAGUCCUAAUAUCGGACCACCAAAUUCAAAUUACGGACCGCCAAGUCCUAAUAUCGGACCACCAAAUUCAAAUUACGGACCACCGACUUCCAAUUACGGUCCACCAACUUCCAGCUACGGUCCUCCUACUUCUAGUUAUGGACCUCCUCCAAGCGGUUAUGGACCACCAAGUUCUAACUACGGUCCUCCUACAUCGAAUUACGGACCGCCGUCGUCCACCUACGAACCUGCCCAAAACUAUGGCCCUCCAACAUCAUCAUAUGGUCCACCAUCUACCAAUUAUGGAUCUCCGGUUAUCGAUAAUAGUUAUGACAGUCCUCCACCAAGUUUCGCAAAGCCAUCGUCCGAAUAUGGAGGACCUGUGCCGAGCUUCGGUCCGCCCUCGACCUUCGAUAAUCCACCGUCGAAAUUCCAUACUUCUUACAAUGCGCCAUCGGCAAACUACGGGACACCUCAGGAAACCUACAGCCAACCAUACCCUCCGCAAUCGUACGAAAUCCCACAUAUAGAUAGCGUUGGACCUUACGAUAACUCUCCUCCGUCGAGUUAUGGAACUCCUGGAGCAGUAACAUCAUACGGCACUCCAGUGCAAUCGAAACCACCUUCGAAUGCCUACGUCACGCCGCACAAGCGUCAGGAAUUCAGUGACUUUAGUGGAGAAAGCUUUGAUUCACCACCAGACAUAUUUGGCUCAUCGACUAACUUAAAGUUAACCACUCAGAACCGUGCAAAUGAAACAUCGACAGACAGAUUUUCAAAUCAUAACUACGAUGGUCCAGGGGUUUUGGAAGACACACCGAUCGAAGUUUUCAUAAAUAACAAGAGGUAUGGGAACAAGCUUCCAUCCUCGAAAUCCAUUAAGAAACCUACUAAUAUAACGGACAAUCCCAAGUUAACAACCGAAAUUAGCGAGUUAACAUCUAAUGGUUUAAAAUCAACCAAUCAAUAGUUCGCGUAUUAUCCAAACGUCAGACUUAUUUAUUAUUAUUAUUUCUAGUAUUUAUAUUUAAG